GACUGCCACUGUCUCCUCCAAUUUUCAUUCCCUGUAUUUCUUCUUUGUUGCCGUACCCACUUGAAAAACCUCUAAGAAAAAUAAAUAUUCUUCCAAAAGAAACAAAGAAAAUGGUGGUGCCUGACAGUGGAGGUGGAGAAGAAGGCUUUGGUUUGAGCUACACGGCGGCGUUCUUGAAAGAAUCGAAGAAAAUGGAAGAUGAACCAGACAAUGAGAAUCAAAGCUACUCAAAUAUUGUAGUCAAGGAAGAGCCAGUGGCGGCGCCGGCUGCGGUGACAGAAGGUAGCGCAGCCACUUGCGGCGGAGGAGAUCAGGUGGCUUUGUUGAAAUCCGUUAAAGAGGAACAGGGAGAGGAAGAUGAUGAGGAAAUGGGAAUCGUUGAUGAUAUGAUGAACGGUGGGGAUUGCAACAAAAUCAGUAAUAAUGGGUCGUCUUCCUCUAGUUCAUCGGAUGUUUCGCCAAAGCCGAUGGAAGGGUUGCUCGAGUCGGGUCCUCCGCCGUUUUUGAGGAAAACGUUUGAGAUGGUGGAGGAUCCGGAGACCGACCCGAUUGUUUCCUGGAGCGUGAACCGCAAUAGUUUCAUUGUUUGGGAUUCUCAUAAGUUCUCUGAAAAUCUCCUGCCCAAGUAUUUCAAGCACAAGAAUUUUUCCAGCUUCAUCCGCCAGCUCAACACUUAUGGGUUUAGGAAGAUUGAUUCAGAUAGAUGGGAGUUUGCGAAUGAAGGGUUUCAACGAGGAAAGAAGCAUUUGCUGAAAAGCAUUAAGAGAAGAAGUAGAUAUAAUAAGCAGCAACAGGGAGGAGUUAUUUGUGCUAAUAGUUCAACUAGUUUUGGAUUGGAAGCUGAGCUUGAGAUUCUAAAGAAAGAUCAGAGUGCAUUGCAAUUGGAAGUUUUGAAACUGAGACAGCAACAGGAAGAGUCGAAUCAUCAGCUGAGUGUUGUUCAAGAGCGGAUUCGGUUUGCUGAGUGUAGGCAGCAACAAAUGUGCAAUUUCUUUGGUAAAAUUGCUAAAUUUCCUAACUUCAUUCAGCAACUGAUUCAGAAGAGGAAGCAGCAAAAGAAAGACCUUGAUGAGGGGGAAUUUAGCAAGAAAAGGAAAUUGCUUGAGACACAAGUCACAAAGAGCUUGACUGAGGCUAUGGGCACUGACCAAAGUGUCAAGUGUAGCAACCAAGUUGAUCAGGGGAGAUUGGAAUCAAUGCAACCUGAUGAGUUCUCAAAGUAUUUGCCUGAUGGUAUGGAGAACAACAACCAAAUGAAGAAUGAGUUUUCGGCUUCCAUGGAGGAUGGGUUGUGCUGCUCCCUUCAGGAUCAAAAGAGCAAUGUACCAGAAAUGUCAUCUGUUUAUCAUGUUAUGUCUGAAAACCUACUAGGGGAAAGCUCAGGUGUAGACAAAGUAGCAAAUGAAGAGCUAUCGGUGAAUGAUUCUAAGAUUUAUCUUGAGUUGGAGGAUUUGAUCAAUUGGAAGCCGUGUAGCUGGGGUGGAUUUGCAAGUGAGCUGGUGGAGCAAACUGGCUGUGUCUGAUCCACACCUUCACUAACCCAAUGGAAGUUGAAUGGCUGCUGCUGCCUUUCCUUUUUUUCGUCAUCCAUGAUAGCAAGGUGUCUCAAGAGCUGCAAAUGAAAUGGCUCUUCCAUGAAUCUUGUUGAAGGCUUGAAGCUGAUGGCAACAAAUGUUCAUACUACAGUGACAUUUGCCCUGUUAGAAAUGUUCAUAUUUUUCUAUAUUUCCCUUUUUACUUUCCUUACUUGCCUCUUCUUUUUACUACUGUUGUCCUUUAGGUUGUAAAAAUUUUCUACCCUAUACCAUAUAUACAACAACCUGGUCCUUUUAGCA